GUUGCGAAAGCGUUCGGACGUGUGUAUCAUGAGCUUCGUUGGAGCGGCAUCGGCGGCCCAGCUUAGCCGCGGUUCCAGGAUUGAAAUGCCACAGGAUUAUGCCGUCAUUUUGCCCCCUCUGCCAAAUGGGUAUGUGGUUCAGAACACUGUUUUUCUGCACGCAGAUGUAAAAGGAAGGCCUUAUCACGCGGAAGAUUUUCGUGAACCACUUUUUCGACGUGUCCCGCCCACCGAGGUUCUUGCGCUUGGCGCAUAUCAAAUGAAUCACGUGUGGGCGGUGACCUGUAAAAGCGCUGAAGGUGUGAAGAAACUUUUAGCUGAACCGCAAUUGACUGUGAAAGGCCUCAAAUGCAUGGUAAUUGACCCAAGCCACCGCGACGUCCGGCUGAAACUGCAUUGGUUGCUCUACCACGUGAGAGAAGAAGACGUCCGAAAUGCGCUGAUCCCUUACGGGACGGUCGUUGACGUAGGAAUGGAUAAAUGGCGAAUUGAUGGCUACACGCAGCAGAAUACCAUGACAAGAACCGUGACGCUCCGGCUCAAGGCUAACGUUACGCUGGACGAUAUACCCCACCAGUUACGAGUUGGAGGGGAGCUCGCACUUAUCGUGGCCCCCGGAAAGGCGCCGAGGUGUUUGCGCUGCCAGCAGAUUGGCCACAUUAGAAAAGACUGUCGAGUUCCGCGGUGCGACACGUGCAAACGCUUUGGUCAUGCCCCAGCGAACUGCACGAGGACGUAUGCGGCAGCUACCUUGAACACCGGGAGCACGGAUAAAUCCGAGCUCACUAUGGACGAAGCCGAAGCCGAAGAAUCGGUGAAAUCAAAGGCGGAUUCUGCAGGCAAAACCUAAAGUACGGCAGGC